AUGGGCGAUAUCCAAAACCAGGCCAAACAGCUCACCAGGGAAAUCCCCGCAGUACCCGCACCAUGGUUAGGCACGAAAGGCGAGGCUUUCUUUUCCGUCGCUUUGAUGUCAGCUUCAAAGGGCCUGUCGCCAGGGACGUAUGGCCGUUUAGAGGCGAAUUCGAGUGUCGCGGACCCUGAGAUUAGUGGGGAGUUUGCUGGCGGUUUUGGGCUGUGCAUGUUUGUGCGAUAUACACAGUCGCCUGUUGGACCAUACGACGAGGUUCUCUGGGCUCCUGGAUAUUUCAAAGUCCCUGCGACUGGCAAAAAGCGAGAGAGGAUAACCAACAUCUAUGUUUCCUCGGUGGACUCGGUUUACAACGGGCGCAGAAACUGGAAUAUUCCAAAGCAGCUCGCCAGCUUCAAAUUCCACCCAUCAGACACCAAAUUCCCCCCAUACAAACGCAUCGAGGUCUCUCUCCCUGAUAACACAGAUAAUCCUUUCAUCUCUCUCGACCUAAAGCCAAUGUCUUUGCUAUCUCGCCCAUUUCUGCCACUAUCCACUUCAUAUAUUCCCCUCUGCCUCGACAUUGUCAUCCCCCCCCUCCCGGAAAGCGAGAAUUGGAGGGAAGAUGGCCGGGUGGGUUCGCAUGAUGGUGAAUGGAAGACAACCCGUGUUGGGAUGUCUGGUUGGGGAGGGAUGAUGAAGGCCGGUGGACGUCUCGGAAAUGGAUCUGACUUUCCGGAGCUGAAGAGGGAUGGGAUGUGGUUCUGGGUUAGGGAUUUAGAUAUGUCGUUUGAGACGGUGGAACAUGAAAAGAAGGAUUGA